CGUUUUCAAUUAUGGGUUUGUGUAACAUAGGUGUAGAGGUGCGAGUUGCAGGAAAUUCCAAAAGGUCCCAUUAUGCCAGCAUUGUGAGUUGUAGUUCUGCUGUAAACUGUUAUAACGCCACAGUCCCAAUUCAGUUGUAUCAAGCUUUGUGAUACGUAGCCUUAAUUCUAUUGACUGAGCCGACUGAGAUUGCAUUACAUAGUGUUAAAUAUAGGAAUGUGCAUGGACGUUACCAAGUUUGGAAGCUACGUGGGGGUGGUGGAUGGCCUCCAAACUUCUUCAGAGGUUACGGUCAACACCUUUAAAGGAGGAGAGAGGUCCUGGUCCCCCAGAUGAACCACCAGAGAGUGCUGAGCUAGUGGAUGACACAGAGGGACUGUCUCUUCGACUGAGUGGCACUCUCAGCCUAAGUGAAGACAGCCUUGCCUCCCAAGAGAGCGAUGGAAUGGGUACCAGUUAUUUGGGAUCAGAUGGGCAUGGAGAAAGCAAAUCCCAGGAUGAAAAUAGUUCAUAUACAUUACUGACCAAGCAGCUAAGAGAAAUGUGGGAACGUUCCCAGAAUGUGCGUAUCCCCAUAAGGCUGACUUUUGAAGUGACAGAUGCAAAUAUUGUGCAAGAUGCCCAUGCCAAGUAUGUGUUAUACACCAUCUACUUGUUGCAAACUGGCCAGUAUGAUCCUUCUCCUGCCUACAUCUCCUGCCGAUAUUCUGACCUAUAUCAUCUAAAGAGGCGCCUACUUGCACUUUUCCCUUCAGAAAUGCGAGGGGUUUCCUUUCCUUGCAAACGUGUACGCAAAAACUUCACUCCUGAGACGAUUGCAAAGCGCAGCCGUGCCUUUGAGCAGUUCCUCUGCCACGUGGCUUCUCUGCCUGCCCUACGCGCAUCAUCUGCAUUCCUUAACUUUUUUUACCUUAGAGAUAUACAGAAGGCACAGGCGCUGACCUGCGCAGGACUCUACAAACUAGCACUUCCCAUCUGGACCAACAGUUGGCGUCUACAAGAAAAGCUGUGCCCCUCUGGGCCCUCUACACAUAGAUUGCUGGUGCUAGCAGGACUGGUGGUUUGCCAUCAGGAGCUGGAUACACUGGAAGAGGCUCAGGCAUUCAGUGAACGGGCUGUAGCUUUAUUGCAGGAUGCACAGGACAAGCACAUUUCUUUGCUGGUGCCCUUUCUUAAUGCACAUAUCCAGCUGUCAUGGAGAGUGGGUAUAGACAAGAGAGAGUCUGAAGCUUUAUUACAGAGGCUGCAGGAAACUGGGCACUACAAUCAUAAUGUGCCCAGUCUUAAGGAGUUUCUUGUUAAAGAGACAAUCAGUUGAUGAGGCAAUGUCACUAAGGCAAACAGAGGAGCCAUCAUUAUCUAGUGGCAACAUUUGCAGUUAACACCUCUGGUUUUGAGGUUCAAAAACACCACUAUGCUAGUAAUCUGUUAGAAAUAAUCAUUUAUUUAUUUUACAGUUCAUACAAUUAGCAUAAAUUAUUUACAAGUCAGUUAAUUAAUGUUUAGUGCCAGAACAGACGUGGGGGAUCUCCAGGAAACUUGAUUUUGUUUCUGUCAAAAGUACAGUGGAUUUUGUGCUUACAACUUGCUUUGUGAUUGAUCUUUCCGCACACGGAAAACUCCUUCCUGGGCGCAUGUGACAGCCAGAACACCGUCUCUGCGCCACAGACGACCUUGAACAAGCCCACGACUGUUCCCUGUAUGGACCAAUAAACUAUUACAGACUGUAAAACAAAACUUUAGGCAUACUCUGUUGUGUAGAACAGUUAUAUAAUAUAACAGGCAGCACAUAAUUAGGGAAUGUUGGCCUGUUGCCCUGAAGCUGUUCCUGAAGGACAAAUUCAAAAUGUAACUAAACAAAUUGUAACUAAAUUGUAUGACCACAGGGGCUUUUUGAUCUUAUUCAGACAGUCCUCUCUGCUUUCUUUUAAUUUAGUCAAAUUGAAUUGCUCCUUAAAAACUUAGCAAAAAACUUGGGGUUGUACCUGUUGUCUAUUGUGAGUGGGAUGCUGACAACGUCAGACAUCUUCGUUAGAUACAGACAGGUGCAUAAUGUUAUAUUUUUGAUAAUUUGAUGCUGGUAACCACAGGUACACAGCAAAAUGAAGAGUAUACCUUCAGCCUAAAUUAUCCACCUGAUGAUGCUGAAUGCUACCAAUAUUCUCUGUAUAAACAUUUGUGUAAACAUUGUUUAGAAGGUGUAGUCCUUAAAACACACUAUGAUCUUUUAUUCUUCUACAUCAGUGCUGUCCAACUAGCGGCCCACGCCACCCCCCCCCCGUGUGGUUUUGCUGCACUACCACCAUUGUGAUAAAAUGGGUGUGGUUUGAAGUGGGUGUGGUUUAAAGGGGGGAGUGGUCAAAACUGGCUUCCAUUAGCGGCCCUCCACCAUGUAUGUGAGAGAAAUUCCGGGCCUCGGCACCGCAGAAGUUGGACAGCACUGUUCUACAUAAUCCCACCUAGAAUUUAACAAUGCUAAAUUGCUCUCUGUUAUUGAAUUGUGAACAAAUAUUUUAUUACCAGCUCCCCUAAACUUACCAGCCCAGUGGCUCUCGCACUCAUAGAGCAUCCAUUCAUCAGCCCUGAAGGGUGAGUGGAACCACAUGGAGUGGUCAAGAGAUGCCAUAAAUUGCAUGCGGUACUGCAGAUAGGGAAGCAAAGCUGUGCCAAGAAAGGAGUAGUCUGAGAUAUAUGCAGCUACACAGCAGUGCAGCCGCAUAUCUCCAGGGCCUAAAGGUUUCAAUAAAAAAAGGGGAAGGAAAAACACAGGACAAUAAGGGAAACAUCAGUAUUUUUAAUUAAAAAAUUCACCUUUUUAUACCACUAUUUUUUCAGUAUUUACAGGUUGUAACAUUUAUAUUCAGGCCAAAGCUCCAAUAAAGAACUAUUUUAAGACUCA